AUGGCUGCCCCCGGCGUCCUUCUGUCGGAGGUGCAGUUCCAGUGUUGCAUCUGUCAGGAUGUUUUCACGGAGCCGGUCUCCAUCCCCUGUGGCCACAGCUUCUGCUUCACCUGCAUCACGUCGCACUGGGACGCCAGCGCCAGCGUCACCUGCCCCAAGUGUCACGCAGUCUACGAGGGCCUCCCAGAACUCUGUGAGAACUCCUUCGCCAAGGAAAUGUCCGAGCAGAUCCGGGCCCGGAAGCACGGCGGCGUGCCGUCAGCGUCAGGAAGGGCGAUCCGCUGCGACGUGUGCGUGGGGGAGCGUACCGAAGCUUUGAAAUCCUGUCUCGUGUGCCUGACCUCGUAUUGCGAGAGUCACCUGGAGCCUCACCUGCGAGUCGCCACCUUAAAGAUCCACAAGCUGAUCGAGCCGGUGCCCAUGCUGGAGAAGAGGAUGUGCGGAAAGCACCAGAGGCUGCUGGAGCUGUUCUGCAGGAGCGACCAGCGGUGUGUUUGUGUGCUGUGCACUGAGACAGACCACCGCAGCCACGACACCGUCCCGGUGGAGCGGGAGAGCCAGGAGAAGAAGAACCAGGUGAAAUCAAUGGAGGCCAGCGUUCAGCAGAUGAUCCAGGAACGACUGCAGAAAGUGGAGGAGAUCAAACACUCUGUGGAGCUCAGUAAAGAAAACUCAAAGAGGGACAUCCAGGAAAGCGGGAUGGUUUUCUCCAAUCUGUUUCACGCCAUGAAGAAAUGCCAGCUGGAGCUGCAGCAGAGGAUCCAGAGAGAGCAGGCUGCAGCUGAGCUGAGGGCGGAGAAGCUCAUCUCAGAGCUGCAACAGGAAAUCUCAGAGCUUCACAGGAGGAGGAGUGAACUGGAGCAGCUUUUUCACACGGAAGACCAUCUCCACCUCCUGCAGAGGUUUCCUGCCCUGAGUUCAGCGCUGUCAGGCAGGUCCUGCUCUGAUAUCGUCGUCCAUGCAGACACAUGCCUGGGAAGUGUGAGGAGAGCGGUGGCCAGCAUCGAACAGCAGCUCCAGUCGGAGCUGAAAAAGCUUUCCUUUAGAGAAUACGAGAGGAUGCAGAAGUAUGCAGCUGAUGUCCGUCUGGACCCCAGAACAGCCAACCCGUGGCUUGUUCUCUCGGAGGACGGCAGACGGGUCCAGGAUGGAAACGUUGAGCAUAAAGUUCCCGAUCUCCCGGAGCGUUUCGACACGGCUCCUUGUGUUCUCGCCCUCACGGGCUUCACCACAGGAAGGCACUACUGGGAGGUGGACGUGGGCGACAAGACGGCGUGGGACCUGGGCGUCGCCAGGAAGUCGGUCACCAGGAAGGGAGUGGUGGUGCUGAGCCCGGAAGAGGGCUACUGGGCCAUCUGCCUGAGGAGGGGCAGGGAGUACCGGGCCUGCGCCGAGCAGGCCCAGCUGCUGUACCUCCCUCAGAGGCCGCAGGUCAUCGGCCUGUUUUUGGACUACGAGGAAGGAACCGUGUCGUUCUACGACGCUGCGGCAAAGUCGCUCAUGUAUUCCUUCACGCAGUGCCACUUCACCGAGGCCAUGUUUCCCUUCCUCAACCCAGAUAUCAGCGACAGCGGCAACAAGUCGCCGCUAGUCAUCCGCUCGGCCAGCGCCGUUUUUAAAAACUUACAUAAUGACGAAGACAUUGCUACUAUAUGA